AUGUUCCUUGUGCGAAAACUCGCCGAUCAAGCCCAUGUGCUUGGUGAUACCAUUGUCGAUGACAAAACAGGAGAGCCUCUCGAUAUUCAGUCAGGAACAUAUCUUUCAAUUAAUUGGUACAAUCUUCGUAAUGGAAGACCAUUUAUGAGCGUAGAAAAUAGAAGAAAUCUGGUAUGUAUCCAUACUAGUUAUGAAACGCAAAUUGAUACCGAACGAUCGGAGCAGCUUGCUAAACAGCUCAGAAAGUUUGCUUCGGGAACAUCUGGCGAUCCUACACUUCAUGACAUGCUGGGCAUGUUCUCGGAAACGGAGCGGCUAAAGCCAGAAGAAUCCUGGUAUUGUAACAAAUGUCGUGAUCACGUAGAAGCUACGAAAAAAUUGGAGCUGUUCCGUUUGCCGCCUGUACUUAUAGUGCAAUUGAAAAGAUUCGUAUAUACAGGUGAGGGAUCGUUGCUCACUAAGUUUUGAUU